AUGAACCAACGCAAGGGCAACACAAUCAAGCGAAGCAGGCGUACAAUUCCAAUCAACGUCACUUUCGUCUCCAUCGCUGCUUCGCAACAAUUCGAGAUGGUAAACGGCCCACUGCCUGUUCACUAUGAUGAUGAUGGUGUUGAUGAUGAUGAUGAUGAUGACCACAAGCAAGUGGAUUUAAGGCGCGUCAAUGGAGUUCCAACUUGCUCCAAACGAGACAAGGUUCAAGUGAACCCAGCGGUCCAAAUAUACGCCUCGUCUCAGUGGAAGAAGUGGAUUAAGGGCACCCCUACCUACACCUUCGCGACAGCCACUAACUGCGGAGUAAGGCGGGCUCAAUGGAACCCAUUUACUGGUCGGCUGUCUAUUAUCAAAAUGGGUAAAUGA